AUGGCGCGGCGUCUGGCGCUGCUCGCGGUGCUGGCGUGCGCGGCGGCUCUGCAUCGCCCGCACUACUCCUCUGACGUAUCUGCGGAAUCGGCUUCAUACGAUUCUUUCUCGAUCUUCGACGAUUACGACGAAUCGUUUGAACCUGUGCUGAAACGCCGUCCUACCACCAGGAUGCCAAAUCCCAAAGUGAUAUUGAGAGGCCAAAAGCCGAAAGUGAACGUGUCAAUUGCCGAAUCUGAUGAUAAACAAAAAAUAUAUAAAACCACUAAUAUUAAAAUAGAAAGCCACACGAACUUUAUAGUGACCAAAAAACCUGUGUAUAAACCUAGUGUAACUAAAAAAGUAACUCAUAGGCCAGUUGUGCAAGUGGGAGAUCAGUAUAUUUGGCUAGAUGUAGAUGAGGAGCAAAUUCAGCCAACCACCAAGAAGUCUACAAGCCGUCGACCGUCGUCGGUGCGGCCAUCCAGCACUCGCCGGCCGAAUACGACGCGUCGGCCAAACACGACGCGUAGGCCGACCCGCCGGCCGAGUUCCACCCGCCGGCCGAGUACAACACGCCGGCCGACGACGACGCGCCGCCGCCCGCCCGUCUCGAGCUCACCGCGCCCAAAUCAUGCGACACAUAAAACAACAAAACACACUACACCUAAUAGGAAAACAACGUGUCCGCCAAAAAAAGGGUGGCUAUCAACAUUUUUUAAAGAAAAUGAAAAGAAAACUGCUCCAAAAAAGCCUUCUAAAUCAGGUUGGUUUAUAGGUUUUAUUUCAAGAAUAUACAAAUGGAUAUCAAGUUCUAUCUUCGGUGGUGGUUGGUUUGAUGAGACAAUUUCUACCACUACGACCCCAAUUCCGCCGACAACUACGAGCAAAAAUUGGUACCAAUCCUUACUCGACAUUGAGGACAGCGAUGAGGAUUAUGUUACCGAAACUACUACUAAAAAAAAGAUAUCAUCAAAAUACUCAGUGAAGAAACAUUACAAAGGAUUUAAACUAUUGCGCGCAUAUCUCGACGAGAAGAAGAAAGUAAAUGAUAUGUUGGACUUGAAGGAAGAAGGUCAAGGCUCUGGGCUUAUGUGGUGGACGCCUCCAUCUCUCAACAGCUCCACAGAUCUCCUUGUGCCCCCAGACCUUAUGGCUGAUGUAAAGGAUUACCUUAAAAAUGCAAAUAUUGAAUACGAUAUCGUCAUAUGGGAUUUACAGAAAGCGAUAGCAUACGAGAAUCCAUCACUUUCGCUUAAACAGCGGCGUACCUUAGAGCAACUUAAUGGUCAUCCAAUGACCUGGAGGAGGUACCAUCGAUACGCUGAUAUUUUGCGAUAUUUGGAAUAUUUGCAACAUUCAUACACUGAUAUCGUAGAACUGAUACCACUGGGUAGAUCCUCGGAAGGACUUCCUUUAGUCGCUGUAAAGGUGUCAAUGCCAGGAAAUGAAACGCAGAAGAAUAUGAGUAAUAAAGAAAAAAAGAAAUGGAAACUUCGCUCGCGCAUGAAGCCUGCAGUUUGGUUGGACGGGGGCGCCCAUGCGAGGGAGUGGAUUGCUCCGGCCGUGGCCACGUGGAUGCUACAUGCUUUGGUGGAAGGAGAGAAGGGACUAGGUACGGAUUACAAAUUACUAGAACAAGCGGAUUUUUAUAUAAUGCCGGUAAUGAACCCAGAUGGUUACGAGCACUCGCAUACACACGACCGGCUCUGGAAGAAAACUCGCUCACGACAAUCUGAGCAAUCAGAUGAUUACUUCGUUGGAUGGUUUCAAUGGUGGAAAAACAACGACUGCGUAGGUGUAGAUGCGGAUCGCAACUGGGACUACGAUUGGGGCAAGCACGACUCUUCCCAAGACUCCUGCGAUGAAAACUACGCCGGCCCACACCCGUUCAGUGAACCAGAAACUCGGGCUGUGUCAGAGUUCCUCACUGAGUACAGAAGACAGAUAAAGAUAUACAUAUCUCUUCAUGCGUACACACAAGCAUGGAUAGUGCCGAGUUCAGAAAGCCAUUCAUCUUUCACCCACGAUGGCGAGCUGAUGGAAAUGGGUGAGCUGGCCACAGCGGCACUAGCGGAUCUCUAUAGUACUAAAUAUCAGGUUGGUACUGUUGCCCAAAUUCGACAGCCAGCUUCAGGAAUGUCUCACGACUGGGCGAAGAUGCGAGCGGGGAUCCCCUUCUCAUACCACGUUGAUCUUAGAGAUUUUUUUGGACCGUACGGAUUUCUGUUGCCCGGCGCAAAGAUUGUUUCUACAGCCCAUGAGACCUGGAUGGCAGUUAAAGCUAUUGUAGAUAAUUUAAAUCCUACUCAAUGAAUCCUAAAUUUAAAAUAUAUUUGUAGAUACUUAGAAUUGUAGAGAUUACUUGAACAAUGUUGAGAUGAAUUUAAGUUUGUAGAUGUAGGUGAAUUUUACCUAUGUAAUAAAUAAUUAUUUAUACAGGUAUGGUCAGUUCGCAUCGGCUUCUCUAUUAAUGUUGAAGUUUUAA